AUGCUUAGGCUGCUACUACUAAUAGUAAUAAUAAUGAUAAGAAGAAAAAGAAAUAGGGAUAAAAAAAGUAAAACAGAUUAUUUUCCAAAGCAUUUGCAGUGAACAUUCAUUAAUGUUCCUCAUUUGUUAGGACCUUCAAAGCAAACCAGGAUGCAAGGUUGGUGAGCUUUCUGUGCUCACCUUCAGGCAAGAAUGUUUGCAGGGCCUGGUUAAGGUGGUUAUGAAGCUACAAGAGAAAAGCCCCCUGAAAUUCCCAGUGGCCAGGCAGGUUGCCUGUUUGGAUCCUACAAAGAUGCACAGAAAUCCUGAUUGGUGCAUCAGACAGAUGAAGAGCAUAGUGCAAACAUUCCUCCAGGGCAAGCAGCUGGCAGGUGGCAUCCCAGCUGGUGAUGUGAUCAUUCAGCAGUUCACGUCAUUUCUGUCUCUUGAGGCCAGAGAUGAACGCUUCCGCUCUUUUCAGCCUUUGAAGCAGCGUGUGGAUGUAUUUCUACACUCAACGCUCAGCACAUCCUACACUGACCUGUUAAGGUUCUGCCAGAGCCUUUUACUGCUGUCACAUGGACAAGCCAGCGUGGAGAGAGGUUUCUCCAUAAACAAGGAGGUGGAAACAUGUAACCUUCUAGGUGAAUCCUUGGAAGCACUGAGGUUAAUAUGUGACAAUGUCAGUAGCUGUGGUGGUGUCCUCAAGGUGCCUUUAACCAAGGACCUGCUGGCCUCUGUGGCCUCAGCAAGGUCCCAGUACAGGCUAUAUCUUGAGCAAGAAUGCAAAAAGAGGGAGAGUGCUGCUCAGACACUGAAGAGGAAGGCCGCAGAGGAAGAACUAGUGGAGCUCAGACAGCAACGCAGAGUCCUGGACGAUGUCUGUGCCAUCCUUGAAAAUGAUGCCAACAAGUUGGCCGAGGAGGCAGAGGGGAAGGCUGGGUCAAAAAUGGCCCAGCUUAUCACUAAAUCCAACACACUCAGAAGGAGAUACAAAGAGAAAAAAGAGGAACUGGAUAAAAUGGACAAAACUAUUGAAGAAAAGGCCAUGCAAUUAAGACACUUGCCAUAAAAUUCUUUUGCUCAUGAGUUCAUAUUAGGCCUAUAGCACAGGUUUAUGUUAAAAUCAAAUAAUAGCAGUUCCCCAGUUCAUAGUUCAUAUAGCAGAUGCCAGUUUGUAGCAGCGAAUGCCAGCCAGUGUGCUGGAACUGUUCUCUUCAUUGCACAUUUUAUGUAGUUUGUUUUAUUUUUAUUCAUGAAGUGAAAUAAAUGUGUGCAAUAUGUGGUCAACAUCAGUGAGUCUCUAAAUCUAUUCUGUUGUGUAUAGUGUUAUAUAUGUCAAAAUCUGCUUCAACAUUUAUAAGGUCGCUGAUUAACACUUG